GCCUGAGUUCACUUCCCACGCGGUUUUCGUGUUUGCUGCCGCCGCGGUUUCCAUUGCUUCUCCCGUCGCUAGGGCGUUCGUGAAUACGUGAUCCAUCGUCUCCAUCUCCGUCUGGUGUGGUGUGUUGGUUUGAGAGACUCGAGGUGUGGGCGUCGCUUCGUCUGGAAUCGGCUCUCCCAUUUGUUAGAUAGAUCCUUCAUAUCUCCCCACGUCUGGGCGUCGCUUCGUCGGCUGCGACCUGCGAGACGCCGGCGCCGCCGGCGACGGUGGACGAAGGCGAUCAAGGAUUAGGCGAUCCGAUCCGAUCCGAACCAAUUCUCCAUUCUUCGAUUCCUUCCUUGGGUGGGCGGCUCCCCUCAGAUUCCUUCCACAUGGCUCGUUCCCCGCCGCCGCCACCCCCUUCCCCGGCGCAAGGGAACGGGAACGGGAGUGGGAGCGGGAGCCUCACCGCCAGAGACGCCCUCGCCUACAUCAAGGCCAUCAAGGACAACUUCCAGGAUAAGCGGCACAUGUACGAACAGUUCCUCCAGGUCAUGCGUGAUUUUAAGAGCAACAGGCUCGACAGCGCCGGCGUGAUCGCCCGUGUCAAGACCCUCUUCCACGGCUACCCGGACCUAGUCCUCGGCAUCAGCGCCUUCCUGCCCAAGGGGCAUGCCAUCAGGCCUCAGGACCUCAGCGAGGACAAGGAGCCCGUCGAUUAUCCCAGGGCCAUCAACCUUGUCAACAGGAUUAAGAUACGAUUCCAGCAGGAGGAACAUGUCUACAAGUCAUUCCUGGGAAUCCUCAGUAUGUACCGCAUGGAUAACAAACCCAUUCAAGAUGUUUACGACGAGGUCACCUUGCUGUUCCACGGCCAUCCAGAUUUACUCGAGGAGUUCACUCAUUUCUUGCCUGAUACGCCCAUACCUCCUCCGGAGGCAGGCACUACCUCUAAAGUUAGGAAUGAUGACAAGAAUGCUAUAACGCAUUCUGCCAUGAGAGCUCAGACAGUUCAGAGGGAGAGAGCUCUUCCAUCAGCUGCUGAUUCGGACUCCAGUGUUGAUUGCCUUGAUCUUGAGCAUGAUAUUCAAAAAGAGUGUAUUGAGAAGGACAAAGUCCAUAAUGCCUGCCAUGAUCAGCAUAGAGGAGAUUAUAAAAGGAACAGGAAGAAUGACGAAUAUGAAAACGAAGAUUUGGAUUCAGAACAAUCUGGUCUCAAAUCUCAAAGAAAGGUGGAGGGUACUGGUGAUGAUACACCAGGGAUUGCUACCAUGUCCUCAUUCAAUUGUAAUGAGGGGGACAACGAUCCUGAGGAAGAGUCUAAAGUUAGGAAUGAUGACAAGAAUGCUAUAAUGCAUUCUGCCAUGAGAGCUCAGACAGUUCAGAGGGAGAGAGCUCUUCCAUCAGCUGCUGAUUCGGACUCCAGUGUUGAUCGCCUUGAUCUUGAGCAUGAUAUUCAAAAAGGGUGUAUUGAGAAGGACAAAGUCCGUAAUGCCUGCCAUGGUCAGCAUAGAAGAUAUUAUAAAAGGAAUAGGAAGAAUGACAAAUAUGAAAACGAAGAUUUGGAUGCAGAACAAUCUGUUCCCAAAUCUCAAAGAAAGGUGGAGGGUACCGGUGAUGAUACACCAGGGGUUGCUACCAUGUCGUCAUUCAAUUGUAACGAGGGGGACAGCGAUCCUGAGAAAGAGUCUAAAGUUAGGAAUGAUGACAAGAAUGCUAUAAUGCAUUCUGCCAUGAGAGCUCAGACAGUUCAGAGGGAUAGAGCUCUUCCAUCAGCUGCUGAUUCAGACUCCAGUGUUGAUCGCCUUGAUCUUGAGCAUGAUAUUCAAAAAGGGUGUAUUGAGAAGGACAAAGUCCGUAAUGCCUGCCACGGUCAGCAUAGAAGGGAUUAUAAAAGAAAUAGGAAGAAUGACGAAUAUGAAAAUGAAGAUUUGGAUGCAGAACGAUCUGGUCCCAAAUCUCAAAGAAAGGUGGAGGGUACUGGUGAUGAUUCACCGGGGAUUGCUGCCAUGUCCUCAUUCAAUUGUAACGAGGGGGACAGCGAUCCUGAGAAAGAGAGAUAUAAUGAAAGGGAAAAAUUUGAAAGAGUAUUGACCUUCAAUUCUAAGGAAGGAGCAGCUCAUGAAGCUAGUACAUUCCCUAGCAAAGAGAAGUAUAACUUAUGCAAACCAAUAUCAGAGCUUGAUCUGUCAAAUUGUCAGUGGUGCACUCCAAGUUACCGACUUUUGCCUAAAAACUAUCCAGUACCUUCUGCAAGCAAAAGGACUGUCAUGCGCUGCUGCCUGCUCUGCGGCCGCGCGCUCGGUUGCUCGCCGGACAUCACGCGCGCGCCUGCGCCUAGUGAAUGUAUUACCGUACAUGACAUCUCUCCCGGCCUCGAAAACCAGCUCGUCCUCGAGCUGGAACUGUGGAAAGCUGGCCGUGAAGUCUUCAAGCUCCUCCCAAGUCGCUGCCGUCGCUGGUUCACCCUGCCACUGAACCAGGACCUGUUUAACGCCGCGGAGGACAUGAAGAGCUUGGUGCCCGUGAGCUCCAUCAGCUCUGUCCAGAAGGCCGAAGUGAACACGGCGUCGCGGUCCGAGACGAUGGACUGCGGAACGCCGUGCAGCCGCACCACUUCGGCGAAGAACGCCUGCGCCACCGAUUCUGCCGUGUACGGGUGCGCCAGCGGGAUGAAAUGGCAGUACUUGCUGAAGCGGUCGACGACGGGCGUCGGCGACGGUGUUCGUGGCACCCGAGCGGUACUCCACCUCGAAGUCGAAGCCCAGGAGCUUUCCCACCCAAUGGUGUUGAGGGAUGGUGGCCAGCCGCUGGUCGAGGAGGUACUUGAGACUGAAAUGGUCAGUCUUGACGGUGAAGUGCCGACCCCACAAGUAUGGCCGCCAAUGGCGAACGGCCUGGACCAAGCCGAUAAGUUCGCGCUCAUAGGCGGCGAGGGCGCGAUGCCGGGGAGCGAUUGGCCGGCUGAAGAACGCGACCGGGUGUCCCUCCUGGACAAGCACCCCGCCGAACCCUGUGGCGGACGCGUCGCACUCCACCACGAACGGCUUGCUGAAGUCCGGCAUGGCGAGCACCGGGGCGGAGGACACGGCUGCCUUGAGUGCUGCGAACGCUGUCAUAGCCGCGUCGUCCCAGACGAAGCCAUCCUUCUUGAGGAGGGCCGUCAACGGGGCAGCCACGGUGCCGUAGUUGUGGACGAAGCGGCGGUAGUACCCGGCAAGGCCGAGGAAACCGCGAACUGCCCGGACCGAGCGAGGUGGCGGCCAGUCGCGGAUGGCGGCCACCUUGGCCGGAUCCAUAGCCACCCCGGCUGCCGAGAUAAUGUGGCCGAGGUAGGAGACGGCCGGCGCGCCGAAAGAGCACUUCGAGCGCUUGACGAAGAGCCGGUGGCGCUGCAGCUCGUCGAGAACCGCCCGGAGAUGGCGGAGGUGAUCGGCCCAGGUUUUGCUGCCAUCGUGCGUGCGGAAGGCGGUCUUGUGCACAUCCUCCGGCCGCAUCCGCACCUGAUGGUAGCCGGACCGAAGGUCGAGCUUAGUGAAGAACUUGGCGCCGUGGAGCUCGUCGAGCAGCUCCUCUACCACCGGGAUCGGGAACGCGUCUUUGAUGGUGAGGGCGUUCAGGGCUCUGUAGUCGACGCAGAAACGCCAGGAGCCAUCGGGCUUCUUGACCAAGAGAACCGCCUUGCCGACGACGAUCCGCCAUCUCCUCGGGUGACAGGCGGCGAGCGCCCUCGCCGCGCGCGUGUGCUGCACCCACCGGCGGCGCUGGCAGGGCCAAGGGAGGAGGUGGCGCCGGUAGUGUCGGAGCGGCUGGUCGUGGAGGGGGCGCCGGCAGAAUACCCCGCGCUGCCGAGGAGAGGAUCGGUCUUGCCAUCAAACCGAGGGAAGUCCCAUUUCUGGAACUUAGGCAGGCGGUCGGUGUCGCGAGGGCGUUCCUGCAUGGUGCCGCCGGCGGACGACGACGCGGACUUCUCUUUGAGGCCGGAGAUGUCGGCCUGCAUCUCCUGCAUCAUCUUCACGACGUCGGCAAGGGUGUACUCCGACAUGGUGCUGGGGGCAGAGGAGCGGGUGGGAGAUGGUGGUGUUGUGCGGCUGGUGGGGGGUUCGGUGGACUGGGAAUUGCUGGACGAAGAUCGCCGGACUCGACAGACUGACAUUGAAGCUUCAGUGCUGAAUGAUUUCUGUGUAUUGGUGACCUCAGGAAGUGGAGCGUUUAAGCAUAUGCGCAAAAAUCAGUAUGAAGAAAUCUUGUUUAUAUGUGAAGAUGACAUGUUUGAGCUGGACGUGCUGUUGGAAUCUGUUAGUGUUACAAUUAAGCGUGUUGGGGAGUUGGUGGAAAGUAUGGAAGGCAACUCACUGAAACCUGAUAGCUCUAUCCACCUCAAUGAACAUUUGACUAGUUUGAAUAUGAGGUGCAUUGAGUGGCUAUAUGGUGACCAUGGACUUGAUGUUGUGGAUGUUCUUCAAAAAAAUGCUGGUGUGACAUUACCAGUUAUUUUAACCAGGCUGAAACAAAAGCAGGAGGAGUGGUCAAUGUGCCAGUCAGAUUUUAAUAAAGUUUGGGCUGAAGUAUAUUCAAAAAAUUAUCGCAAGUCUCUUGACUAUCGCAGUUUCUAUUCCAAACAACAAGACACAAGAAUCUGAACACAAAAGAUUAACGAAAUCAGUGAGAAGAAUAGAAAGGGGAUGAUGUGUUACUUGCUAUUGCUGCUGGGAAUAGGUGGCCACUAGUAGGCAAGAAGCAGAGGACUGCUGGAAAGCGUUGGGCUCUGAAGAAGCACAGGCACCCGCCCGCCUGGGCUACCGCCGCCCUUGCUUGUGUCGAGGGCCUCCAAGAACCGCACCACCUCGUCCAUGUCAGGGCGCUUCUCCGGGCUCGCGUCCCAGCACUUGUGCAUGAUGUUCGCCAUCGGGCAGGCUUGGGCAGCAGCGAGAGGCCGCAGGUUCUGCACACACAGAAUGUCACACAUCAGUAUGUGGACGAUUACCAGCAGUGAAUCCAGGAGAAGAGUAGAAAGUGGGAUGAUGUGUUACUUGCUAUUGCUGCUGGGAAUAGGUAGCCAGUAGUAGGCAAGGAGGUCUCGUCCUCUGUUCUGAUUUCUCGUUUGAAGGUCUCGUCCUUGACAUGGAUCCGCCGGCACCCAUGCUGUCACUUCAAGUUGUUAAGUCUUCAUCGCAACAACUUUUACUCAAGGAUUCAUCACAACAGAUUACACCGAUGCCUCCUUCAUUUGCAGUUGUUGCAUCAUCACAUCUGCUGCCAGCCAUGCCUCCUACAACAGAUGCUGUUUCUUUAGCACCCCACCCAGGACAAUCAAGAGACUUGUCAAAAAGAUUACUCUGAAGAAGAAGAUGAAUGCCAAGUCAGGCUGAUUUGAGCGGUGUUCCAGUUGCAGUUGCUUAUUGUAUCUGUUAAGCAACAGAUGUUGCUAUUGUACUCUUCUAAUCUAACUAGGUCUGUACCCGUGCGUUGCCACGGGAGUAAAAAUUUAGCGUGAAACAUC